CUUCGGUCGAGCGCCGAGUCGGUUCCGAGCGAGUGAUCGCAUGAGUGUGCAUGGUAGCGCGCCUAGAGGAAGAGCUCGGUGCAUGAGAGCAGAGCGGGCGCCAGUGUCGAGGGCGUGCGGGCGCGCGGCGUAGCGACGACCAUGACGACUCUGUGCAGCACCCCGGAAUCCCUUCCUUCCCCCCGGGCGGCCGACGCGGCCCCCCCAGGGUUCCAGGCGCCCUCUGACCCCUCGCCGCGCCCCUACGAUGCGUCCGGCUUCCCCAGCGGCGCUCCGGCGCCCUCCUUCUCGGCGCGCUCGGACGCCGACUACGAGGUGCCCUUCUUCACCGUGGCGCACUACCGCACGCCCACCGCGCCCACCACCUACGAGUAUGCCGCCACGCAUACGGGCUUCCCGGAGGGCGCGGGCGAGGCGCUCUACAACGGCGGCCUCGACACGGAGGCGAUGUCGCCCGUCGAGCUGGCCUUCGGCGGCAGCGCAGGGGAGUCGGGCCGCUGGUGGCCUCGCGACGGACCCGAGGCGCCCGUGGAGCCCACGCCGCCCGUCGAGCUCACGCCGCCCGUCGAGCUCACGCCGCCCACACAACCCGCGCGGUCCCCCGUGGGCCCCGCACCUCUCCAUGGCCGUUCGGAGCCCGAAACCGCCCUGCCCGCCCACCCACCCGGCGCCUUCAUCCGGCGCGUCUACGGCAGCCACGACCGCACGCCCGUGGGCUGCCUGCACGCCGCCGCAGGCACGGCGCCGCGCGGGCAAAAGCCACCCACCCCGGGGGCGAAGCCAGCCCCACCGGAGACGGGCCCGCGGUCUUCGCGGCCCGCGCGCUCCCACGACGAGACGCCCGUCAGGGGCUCCGUGGACUUCCUGCUGGAUCAGCCAUCGCGCACCCCUAGCAGGAGCAGGAGCGGCUCCAGACGCCGCGCCUCGAGCCCGGGCCGGAGGACCACCCCCACUACACCCACCUCGUCCUUCCCCCCCGAGAUGAGCCAGUCCACGCCCCUCAUCCCCAGGGACACUGGGCAGGGCACGGGCGAUGGCGUCACCGGCGCGGCCCAGGCGCAGGACGCCGCGACGCGCCAGACGUCCCUCGCGGGCUCGGGAGGGCGCGGCGGCGGCGGGAGGGAGGAGCCGGCGACCGGCCUGAGCGGGGCGCCCAUGGACGGCAGCGGCGUGUACGAGGACGCGGGCGUGAGCGACGCGGCUGACCGCCUCGAGUCCGCCCUCCACUCCAGCUCGUCCUCGGAGGUGAUGGUGACGCCGCGGACGCCCCGGACGCCGCGCACCUCCAGAAGCAAGUCCAGGGAGCCCUCCUUCUGCCUCGAGCUGGAGGACGACGAGUACCCCCGCACGGAGGCUGAGUACAUGUCGCUCCUCAACGCCAAGAUCGCCGAGGCCCACGAGCGGCAGCUGCUCCCCCUCAAGGAGGACCUCGCUGACUGGCUCUCCAAACUACUUGGUGAGUACUGGCGUCCCCUGUGCAAGCCGAGUGGUCGCUUGACUCUGAGGAUCAACACGGCAUUGAAAGUGUCUCUGAAAUGA